AUGGCGAUUGCCUGGAGACCAACAACAUUAAUGGACAAAACUGCCGUCACACCCCCCAUCCCCGUCACCAGCCCCCCAAGCCCCGGCCCCGGCACCCACCCCCAUCCCCAUCACCCCCCAAGCCCUGGCCCCGUCUCCCCACCCGGCCCCAUCCCUGUCACCCCCACAUCCCGAUCCUGUGCCCCACGGCCCCAGCGCCGUCACCGCCCCCCCCCCAUGCCCCAUCCUAUCACCACACCCCCAAUCCCCAUCACCACCCCUCCGUCCCCGGCCCCGUCCCCGCUCCCACCCUCCAGCCCUGGCACCGUCCUCCGUCUCCCCCCACCCGCCCGAUCCGGUCCCCAUCCCGCCCGAGCACCUCCCCAGGCGGCUGGUUUAAAGCCGCCGCUCACAUCGACCCCCGCCCCGGCCACUGCCCGCCGCCCUGACCCGGGCAACCCCGCACCCUGUCGGCCCCCGGACCCCGGUCCCCGGACACCCCGCCGCUCACCCGCCGGUCGCGCCUCCGACCGUCCGCGUCAGGCCCGCUCUUCCGGGCGUGGCAGCGGUGCGCUCGGAUGGUCCCGGGUGAUGUACCGGAGGACACCGGUCGGCACGGGCGGUGCGGCCGGAGGUCCCGGGUGUGGGCACAGGGUGGCGGCGGUGCGGCCGGAGGUCCCGGGUGUGUGGUACCGGAGGGCACCGGGCGGUGGCGGUGUCCCGGGGAGGCGCGGUCCCAGCACCUCGGUGUCCGGCCCCCGCUCCGGAUCCCGGCCUCAGUCUCCAGUCUCCGGUCUCCGUUCCGCUGGACGAUGCCGACAACGGCGGCGGGAAGGGGAUGCAGAACCUGCUGCCAAGAAGGGUCGAGGUUCGAGCAAGGAUGAGGCUCCCCCACCAGCGGAGGGCAGCGCCGGGUUCGAGGACUCGCCGGACCGCCUGCUGAGCGAGGGCGGCCAGCCCAGCAGCUUGAAGAUCUGCUCCUGGAACGUGGACGGGCUACGGGCUUGGGUGAAGAAGAAAAGCCUGGAGUGGGUGUGCUCCGAGAGUCCAGACGUCCUGUGUCUCCAGGAAACCAAGUGUUCCGAGAAGCAGGUGCCGGCGGAGGUGAAGGAUCUGGCUGAAUACCCCCACCAGUACUGGGCCUCCUGCCAGGACAAGGAGGGCUACAGCGGUGUGGCAAUGCUCUGCAAGGCCAAACCACUCAACGUCACCUACGGAAUCGGAGUCGAGGAGCAUGACGGGGAAGGUCGGGUCAUCACCGCGGAGUUCGACAAGUACUUCCUGGUGACUGCCUACGUGCCGAACUCUGGCCGCGGGCUGGUGAGGUUGGACUACCGCAAGACGUGGGACGCGGACUUCCUCACCUACCUGAAGGGGCUGGAGAGCAAGAAGCCGCUGAUCCUGUGCGGGGACCUCAACGUCGCUCACCAGGAGAUCGACCUCAAGAACCCAAAGACCAACAAGAAGUCGGCCGGCUUCACCCCGGAGGAGAGGGAGGGCUUCAGCACCCUGCUGUCUCGGGGCUUCAUCGACACCUUCCGGCACCUCAACCCCGACGUCCCCCACGCCUACACCUUCUGGACCUUCAUGGGCAACUGCCGGGCCAAGAACGUGGGCUGGCGGCUGGACUACUUCGUGCUGUCCCAAGUGCUGCUUCCCCAGCUGUGCGACAGCAAGAUCCGGUCCAAGGUGUUGGGGUCUGACCAUUGCCCCAUCACCCUGCUGAUGGCCCUGUGAGACCCCCAGCCCCAUCGCCCCCACAUCACUCCCCCGCCCCAUCGACACAACAUCACCCCCCCCAUCACCCCUGCCCCAACAUCGCCCCCCGCUCCAUCACCCGCCGCCCCAUCGCCCCAACAUCGCGCCAGCACCCCGCUCCAUCGCCCCCACAUCACCCCCUGCCCCAUCGCACCCCAACACCAGCCCCCAUUCCAUCAUCCCCGCCCCAUCGCCCCAACAUCGCCCCCUGCUCCGUUGCCCCGUUGCCCCUCUGCCCCAUCACCCCCACUUCAACCCCCCUCCUCUGUUAAAGGUGUUGGGGUCUGACCCUGCUGAUGGCCCUGUGAAACCCCCCCCCCCAUAAAUCCCCAUCCAUCAAUGCUGUUGGGGGUUUGUUCAUUGUCCUGUCACCUUGUGCCCACCCCCCCCCCCCGCCACCCUGUGAGACUCCUGUUUCCCCCCCCCCCCCCCCCCCCUGCCAAUCAGCGGGUCCGACCUGUGAGACCUUCACAGCGUUGGAAGGGGGUGGUCAAGGCAAACUUGUCAAUCCUCACCCAGGUCAGGGCUGGGUUAACCUGGCAUAUGGUUCAGGCUAUUCGGGGUACAGUUUACCCCGGGUACAGUUCAGGGUGUGAGGUUGGGGUACAGUCUACCUGGGCACAGUUUGGAGCUGGGGGGGGUUUGUGGUGGAUGUGGGGUCUCCGUGUUUGGUUACAGACCAAUUUCCUGUAACCAGUAACUGCCGUGUCAAAUUCGCUCUCUCGAGCGCUGAAUCCACUGAAAACUUUUGAGCAACGUGCAGGUUAUUUUAAUGUAAUUUUACAGGAGCUGGACUUUCGCCACUCUGAUCCAGAGGGAGGGCUGGGGAGGAGAGGCCUGGCUGAGGGGGGGGCUCACCCCCUCCCCAGUCUAACUUGACCCCAGGCAUGCUUAGUCUGAUGCACUGCAUAAAAAACUAAUGGUGCUUGAAAUGUUUAGGAUGCAAUCAUAUGUUGAUUCAAUAAAACCCAGAAACUAGUUUAUACAAA